AUGGACCCAGUUGUGGGUGAGAAUGCUUCAGGAUGGGGCUGCGGGUUCACCUGCAACAACAGCAGCAGUGAUUACAAUUGGCUGGGUCCCUCCUACCAGCAGGAGGCGCUGUUCAGCACGCCAGAGCUUGCGCUGGUGACGGCGGUGUGCGUGGUGCUGCUGGUAGUGGGACUGGCGGGCAACACGCUGACCAUCCUCGUGGUCCGACUGAGGCCUGACUUGCGCAGCACAACCUACCUUUACCUGUGCAGCAUGGCUUUCUCCGAUAUCUUCAUCAUCGUGCUGAUGCCUAUCGACCUCUACAAGCUCUGGUGGUACCGGCCCUGGCUCCUGGGGGACCUGGCCUGCAAGCUGUCGCAGUUUGUGAGCGAGGUGUGCACCUACUCCAGCAUCCUGCACAUCACGGCGCUCAGCGUGGAGCGCUACCUGGCCGUGUGCUUCCCGCUGCGGGCCAAGGUCCUGGUGACCCGCGGCAAGGUGAAGGUGCUGAUCGGGCUGCUGUGGGCCGUGGCGCUGGCCAGCGCCGGGCCCGUCUUCGCCCUGGUGGGCGUGGAGGAGCUGGAGGACGGGAGCGGGGAGAGCGAGUGUCGCAGCACUCAAUACGGAGCCAGCUCUGGCCUGCUCGGCAUCAUGACCUGGCUCUCCAACCUCUACUUCCUGGUGCCCGUCUGCUGCCUCAGCCUGCUGUACAGCCUCAUUGCUCGCAAGCUGUGGCACCGGCAGCACCGCGGAAACCGCGACCGCGCCAACCGCAAAACCGUGAAGAUGCUGGGAGUGAUAGUGCUGGCCUUUGUGCUGUGCUGGCUCCCCUUCCACGUGGGCCGCACCCUCUUCUCUGUUUCGCACGGCUCCAGCUCAGACAUGUACUACAUCAGCCAGUACUUCAACCUGGUCUCCUUUGUGCUCUUCUACCUCAGCGCAGCCAUAAACCCCAUCCUGUACAAUACCAUGUCGGCUCGGUACCGCUCCGCCGUCCGAGGGCUGCUAGGACUCCCAGGGCAGGGGGCCGGGCCCCAGGGCAGGGGCCAGCCUUCCCCCCAUCCCCACCUCCCUCCUCUCACCCCUCCACAAUCCCAAUCCACCUUCCUGUGA